CUCUCUGUAGGCCACUAUCAAAGUUCAAUUUAUGGCUUUCCCUUUAAGCGUACGCAUGACGUCACAACAGCGCGUCAGUGUUACUUAUCCUGUUGUUUUCAUCUCAAAAUUUGUCUGGAUCAAACAAAUGUCAGCAGGAUCUUCAUCAGUGAAUGAGGUCUAGAGUUGGAAUCGAGUAGUCCUCCGUGUGGACCUGAGAUGGGCCAGCAGUUUUCUGGCCAGGCAGUGAGCAGACUGCCUGAGAAACUGAUCAGACAUGUUGGGCUAAUGAGAGACAGCGGCUACCUUACUUAUGACGAAUUCUUGGGUCGUGUGGCAGAACUCAAUGACGUAACUGCAAAACUAUCUCCUGGCCAAAAGAAACAUCUUCUGUUUGAAGUACAGCCUGGAUCUGAUGCAACAGCUUUAUGGAAGGUUGCUGUGAGAAUAGUGUGCACCAAGAUUAACAAAGAGGAUGGAAUGGUUGAGGCCUCACGCAUUAUGAACCUCUACCAGUUUCUCCAGCUCUACAAAGACAUCACCAGUCAGGCAGCUGAAUCCUUGGCUGUGGCCGCAGAGGGAUCUUCUGAACAGCUGUCAUCAGAAGAUAACUGCCAGGCCAGCAUGUGGAUGGGCAGGGUAAAACAGUUAACCGAUGAAGAGGAAUGCUGUAUCUGUAUGGAUGGGAAGGCAGACCUCAUUCUGCCCUGCGCACACAGCUUCUGUCAGAAGUGUAUCGACAAGUGGAGCGGUCAAAGCAGAAAUUGCCCCGUCUGUCGUAUUCAGGUGACUGCCGCCAAUGAGUCUUGGGUCAUGUCGGACGCUCCCACAGAGGAAGAUAUAGCUGGAUACAUUCUCAAUCUUGCAGAUGAAGCCGGUCACCCGCACAGACCUUAAAAUCCGACUGUUGCUUCCCACUGACGACUACGUGACCCACUGUAAAUAGUAAUUUCACAGGGUGACUAUGAGUCUAAGUAUGUAUUGCACUUUAUAGUGUCAUUCACUGAAUGCAAUAACUGCUGAAUAUUUUUUUUAUUUAAAAGAUUUUUUAGGUUAAUGCAAUAUAAUUUGUCAUCUAAUCGGUUUGCAUACUGUGAACUUAUGAAGAUAAAUGCUAGACAACAUGUAGCUUUAGAACUUAAUUGCCUUUCAUUCUCGUUAAUCUUGCGGUUUUAUGUCAUUUGUGAAGUAUUGCACCUAAUAGUGUCUGUUUCAUUAAGGCCUUGUAUUUCCUGAAGCAGUAUGAGCACGUGUAACAGUUUAAUGAUAUUAACUCCAAAAUUCACUUGGACAUGAUUUGGUCACAAUACUGUACAGCAUGUUUACAUUCAUAAUUAUUCAGUGAUUGGUUGGACAUAAGCUCUUAACUUUUGUGUAACUGCAAUCGUUUCAUAUGGAUCUAAAUUCCUUAGUUUAAAAAUUAAGCUGUUUAUCUCAUACCUGUAUUGCAUUUGAGAGUUUAGGAAAUGUAAUUGUAUCAUAAAAAUGUGUAUAUAUUGAUCUAAAUUUAUAUAAAAGUUGUAUUAGAGUUUAUUAACGUGUAAUGCAAUUUAUCAAGAUGAACUAAACAAAUUUUAAACUUAAGUAUAAUUUCUGUAACAUUCUCACAGAUUAAUAGAGAUUGGGUGACUGAAUAUAAAGUUUUAUCAGCGGUAAAGAAACCGGUUUCUGUUAUAGUGUUGUUUGAAGAAGAGCUGUUUGAGAUGUUCAAUGCUCUUAAGUUUGUUUUUGUCUAUAUAAAUCUGAUAAUAAAGUACAUUAAAUAUA